UUCCUCAGAUCAAAUAUGAUAUCAUAUGUUGUUUAUUUAUACAUUUUCUGUUCAAAAAUGAUUAUUUUUGUGUGAAAAAAAAUCCGAAGAUUUUGGAAAUUUAAAUUUUGCCGCUUUGUUGAAACACAAAAAUUACUAGUGCCAGCACCCGUGCACUGCCUCGGUCACUUCAAAAUUUGGACCAAACUACCAAAGCUUCCUCGGGUAGGCGGGAAUUUUUGCGUCUAAAAUGCAAUUCUAAAUUACCAUUUUAAUUUAAAACCUUCCUAAAUUACUGCAGUACUGCUAAGUGUUCAUGUCGAGGCAAACUAAAGGUCGUACUUGGCGUCAAAGACAAAAGAGACGACUAAAAGGAGCCAAGAUAAUCUCACUCUCUCAGAAACCAGAGUAUAUUGAAUUGUUUCAAUGGGCUAAGGAGAAUGGUGUUGUAUUUCAUAAAAUGCGACCUGCCAUCUUCCCUGGUACUGGUAGAGGGUUAAUGGCUACACGACAGAUAAAUGAUGGUGAUUUGUUGAUAUCAGUUCCAAGAAGAUUGUUGAUUACUGGGGAUGUGCUGAGGAAUUACUAUACUGAUGGAAUAAGUCAAGUGAAAAGACCAAACCUCACUACCAUUGAUCUGCUUUGUCUCUUUCUCAUUGUGGAGAAGUCCCUUGGUAACAAAUCAUUCUGGUCACCAUAUGUUACCAUGCUGCCGUCACAGUACAAUACCCCUGCAUAUUUUAACCAUCAUGAAUUAAGUCAUGCGCCAAAAUUCUUUAUGGAACAUGGUCAAGCUCAGUUGAAGAGCAUUAGGGAAUGUUACUUGUCGUUAAAGCAAUUUAUUUCAGAUGAGAUGAAGAAAAAUAGUGUGGAAUUAUCAUUCAAUGAUGUGAGAUGGGCCUGGAAUGCUGUUAAUACAAGAUGUGUAUACUUGUGUGGAGAAUCAAAGUUUGGUCUUUCUAACCAAGGAGAAAUGGCCUGUUGUUUAGCACCAUUACUAGAUCUUCUAAACCAUUCCUCUGAUGUACAGAUUCAAGCAGGAUAUUUUGGGGAGAAACAAUGUUAUGAGAUAUAUGCUAAAACAAGGGUGAAGAAAGGUGGUCAGGUAUUUAUAAACUAUGGCCCUCAUAGCAACAGGAAAUUGCUCAUCGAGUAUGGCUUUAUCCUGGCCAACAACUGCCAUAGCUCUGUCAAAAUUGAGUCAACACUUGUGUAUGACACGGCAGCAAAAUUUAACAGAUGUUUAUCAAAAAGGAUGUGUGAUGUUGUGAGCAAAUAUAACCUUGAAGCAACAUUCUUUUGUUCACUAAAUGGGCUGUCCUGGAGCCUAGAGACAGUUUUGAAGCUGCUGUGUUUAGAAGAUGAUUCAAAAAUUGACUUAAAAUCUCUAUGUAUUGAGAGCCUUGAAGUAUCAGAUGAAAACAGAGUUUUAAUGCACAUACUGUCCAGAGAAAUUUUGAAGUCUAUCUUGGAUAAUUAUCAAAAGGAUAUUGCAAGGAUAUUAUCUGAGAAUAGCAAUGGUUUGUCUGACAGAAUGAGACAGUUGGAAGCAUUGUUGAAGGGAGAAAUGAAUGUUGUAAAAAAUGCUUUACUCUCUUUGGAUUUAAAAAUAUGACAAAGAUUGUG